AUGACAAAGAAAAGAAGGAACAAAGGUCGUGCCAAAAAGGACCGUGGCCAUGUGCAACCUAUUCGGUGCACGAACUGCACCCGAUGCGUUCCCAAAGACAACGUUAUACAGAAGUUCGUCCUUCGGAACAUAGUGGAGGCCGCAGCUGCGAGGAACAUUUCUGAAGCGAGUGUCUUGGGCUCUUAUGUGCUUCCCAAGCUCUAUGUGAAGCUACUAAGUUGUGCUAUUCACAGCAAGGGCUCCCACAAGGACCGGACACCUCCACCCAGAUUUAGACCUGCGGGUGCUGCCCCACGACCUCCACCAAAGCCCAUGUAAGGAGUUGAGUUCUUGAGCACUGA